AAGAACCAUCGCGGUUUUGAGUCUGACAUCAUUGACACAUCUGCACUAAAUGGCGGGUUCCAGGCUGUCAACAUUAAAGCUGCAAGACAAGAUCUCUUGGCAAUUCCUCCAGACCUAACAUCAGCAGCGGCAAUGUACAGAGGACCCGUGUAUGCACUUCAUGAUGUAUCUGAUAAGAUACCAAUGACUAAUUCACCACUCCUCGACCCUCUUCCCAAUUUGAAAAUUAAAGUGUACAAUUCAUCUGGUGCUGUAACACCUCAAGAUGAUCUUUCGGAUUAUUCAUCAAAACUUUCUCCUCAAAUUACGCAGUCUUUACUGGAAAAUGACACUCUAAACAUAAAGAACCAGAGCCUAGCAAGGCAGACAGAUCCAUCUUGCACUGCUUUUGGAACAUUCAACUCAUUGGGUGGACACUUGAUCAUACCCAAUUCAGGAGUGAGCUUGCUGAUUCCUGCUGGGGCAGUACCUCAGGGAAGAGUAUAUGAAAUGUAUGUCACUGUUCACAGGAAGGAGAACAUGAGGCCACCCAUAGAAGACAGUCAGACACUUCUAACUCCUGUUGUUACCUGUGGGCCUCCGGGAGCACUGAUGACUAGGCCAGUCAUUAUUACAAUGCAUCACUGUGCAGAGACGAAUACAGAGGACUGGAAGAUCCAGCUGAAAGAGCAAUCUGUACAAGGCCAAUGGGAG